GCAGGCGUGUCCAUGUUAUGUAGACGCGUGUAAUUGUCUCAAUUUCCUCUUGCUACACAUAGUCCUGGAGGGGAGAGUUCGUCGAACAAAGGAAUUCAGAUCCCCAAGGUCGCAAAACACCAUUCGGAAUACCCUCUGUUAAUCAUUCUUUCCAUGCAAUAAGACUUCUGAUUUCAAAGCUCGUUAUGUCUGUCAACGAAACGUCAAAGGACACGUCCUUAAAUCACCUCGAUGGACAAAGCAAUCCUUCGAAAGCUUCCACCCAGGAUGAGGAAUCAGCCGACAGGAACAAAUCUGUCAUCAAAGGUGGAACUAAUAUUUCGGACAGCGAGUAUCAAGGCAAAGAUUCAAAAGCUGGCAGUGACGACGAGAGUGCAUAUGCAACUGGAGUGAAAUUAAUGUUGAUUGUCAUCAGCCUUCAACUGACGAACUUUUGUAUUGCCAUUGACAAUACAGUCAUUGCCACAGCCAUACCUAGGAUCACGGAUGAUUUCAAAUCCUUGUCGGAUGUAGGAUGGUACGCUUCUGCUUACCUAUUGUUUGUUGCGGCAUUCCAGCUGUUUUUUGGAAGACUUUAUAGCUUCUUGAACAUGAAGUGGUUAUUCAUGGCCUGCAUCAUGCUGUUCGAAGUUGGAUCCUUGGUCUCAGCAGUCGCGCCUACUUCUGCUGCGCUUAUUGCCGGCCGAGCCAUUUCUGGGUUCGGUGCUUCGGGAGUCUUCACCGGAUCACUCACCACUCUGUCGACGGUUGUUCCUCUAGCCCGACGAGGUCUAUUCAUAGGGCUGGUCACUGCUGUAUACGGCGUGGCUAGCAUUGCUGGACCGUUGUUGGGAGGUAUCCUAACGGACCGUGCAUCUUGGAGAUGGUGUUUUUAUAUCAAUCUGCCACUCGGUGGCCUCACCAUCGUCAUUGUGGCAAUUUGCCUCCAUCCUCCGAAGCCAACGCCAAAAAAGCCGAAAUCCUGGCAAGAGUAUGUUCUCAGGUUCGACCCCAUUGGCACGAUCUUGUUUCCACCGUCUAUAAUAUGUCUCUUGCUUGCGCUGCAGUGGGGAGGGACAACGUACAAAUGGAGUGAUGGUCGAAUAAUCGCGCUCUUGCUGAUGUUUGGGAUUCUCCUUCUCGGGUUUGGGAUAGUCCAACCUUUCAUGGGCGACAAUGCGACUUUGAACAAGAAGGUAGUGGCCUCUCGCCACACUGCCUGUGCUACCCUCUACACUCUUUGCGUCAGCUCCUCGUUUUUCGUCAUGGCAUAUUUCAUUCCUAUCUGGUUCCAGGCAAUCCACAGGGCUUCUGCAGAGAAGUCUGGAAUUGAUCUUCUACCGUUCAUGAUCAGCCUCAUUCUCAGCAUCAUGACGGGUGGCUGGGCAUGCAGCAAGAUUGGAUAUUAUAAUCCGUUCAUGUUCGCUCCAAUCACGCUCGGAACAGCCGGGGCGGGACUAAUCUAUACAUGGGACAUCGAUACGUCGACGAGCAAGUUGAUAGGAUAUCAGGUUCUCUAUGGCAUUGGCGUCGGGCUUGGAAUUCAGCAGGCGGUAGUGGCUGUCCAGGCUGCUGCGAAGAACGUUGACAUUCCUAGCAGCAUAGCACUUCUUUGCUUCAGUGAAAAUUGUGGCGGCGCGGUUUUUGUCAGUGUGGCUCAGAAUAUCUUCACGGAAAGACUUGCAUCAAAGGUGCAGAAUAUUGCAGGUAUCGACCCAGUUCAAGUCGUCAACACAGGAGCGACAGAGAUAACAAGCCUGACGAAAGACAAUAGUCAACUAGAGGAAAUCAGGAUUGCCUACAAUGAUGCACUGUCUCGACCAUUCUUGGUCGCCCUGGUCCUGUUGUGCGUUGCGACCAUUGGAACUCUUGGAGUUGACUGGAAAAGUAUAAAGCAAAAAGGGCACAAAGGUAAAGAUGCUGGAACAACACAAGACCCUGAGAACGCCAAAGACGACCAAAAAGACAAAGGGCCCGAAAUAUCCGAGGAGGGCGUUGAACUCAAGGAAGUAUGAGAAAUUGUCUCUGGAGCCCGACUUGACGCUAAACUCAGAUGCCAGUGGCCGUCAAGUGAAUGGUGCUCCGACGGUCGGCUUUGCACGAGGGUGCUAUCUAGACCAGUAGAACGCUCCGACCAAGUCCAUUUCUGACACGGUCAAGCUCAGAGUCGGUAACGUUGGCUUUGAUCUCAUUCACCAAGUGUUGAAUUCUCCCCUCAUGUAUCAUUUGCACCAUUUGCUUCAUGAGAGGUGGGGAGUCUGGCAAGUAGUCAAUCCAUCAGAAUCUCAAAUCAUGAGGUUCUAUUGAUUAAAACCACUACCAAAUCAGACAGGUAUAGGGAUAGGCUGCGCGAGUAAGUGUGCGAGGAGCAGGCAGUGCCCAAGUCUUGGUGCUAAACCCGAUUGGGUAGGCACUUAUGGCUGAGUGCGUUACUGUACACAGUCAAACCAUAGCCAG